GGAAAGGCCAGCUGGGGCCAGUGGGGCUCGGCGGGGGCGCCAGGCGCAGACGCCGCUGUGAAUCGUGAGAGCCGCAGCGCUGCGCUUGGCGAUGAGUGUGCGCUUUUGAGUCUCUCUUCGGGUGGCGUUAGGUUGGAAGCUCAGAUCCGGGAGGGCGGUUGGUGGCCGUUGGCUGUCGGCUUCUGUGGUAGUCUUCUCACCACCACCUCCAACCCGAGCCAGGCCCCAGCGGCCCCCUCCUCCCCUCCCUUCCUCCCUCCUUCCCUCCAUCCUCCGGAGCCGGCGGCGCCCGCCUCCCCGAGGGAGAUGAGUUACGAUCGGGCCAUCACGGUCUUCUCCCCGGACGGGCACCUCUUCCAAGUGGAAUACGCGCAGGAAGCGGUGAAAAAGGGCUCGACCGCGGUUGGUGUACGAGGAAAAGAUAUUGUUGUUCUUGGUGUAGAGAAGAAAUCAGUGGCCAAACUACAAGAUGAAAGGACCGUGCGGAAGAUCUGUGCUUUGGACGACAAUGUGUGCAUGGCAUUUGCAGGGCUCACUGCUGAUGCUAGAAUAGUCAUAAAUAGGGCUCGUGUAGAGUGCCAGAGUCAUCGGCUCACUGUGGAGGAUCCUGUCACAGUGGAAUAUAUCACCCGUUACAUCGCUAGUCUGAAACAGCGUUAUACUCAGAGUAACGGGCGCAGACCUUUUGGCAUCUCUGCCCUUAUAGUGGGAUUUGACUUUGAUGGAACUCCCAGACUUUACCAGACAGACCCCUCUGGCACAUAUCAUGCAUGGAAGGCUAAUGCUAUUGGUAGAGGAGCCAAGUCAGUCCGUGAAUUUUUGGAGAAGAACUAUACUGAUGAAGCCAUUGAAACUGAUGAUUUGACCAUCAAACUUGUUAUCAAAGCCCUUUUGGAAGUGGUUCAGUCAGGGGGCAAAAACAUUGAACUAGCUGUCAUGAGGAGAGAUCAGCCUCUUAAGAUUUUAAAUCCUGAAGAAAUUGAAAAGUAUGUGGCCGAAAUUGAAAAAGAAAAAGAAGAAAAUGAAAAGAAGAAACAAAAGAAAACAUCAUGAUGAAUGAAAUAUCCAGUUGCUUUAGCUAUUUGUUUUUAAUCCAUUCAAAUCAUGGUGAUUCUACAAAUGACAAGUAGGCAGCUCCAGUCCAUUUAUUCAUAUUGUACCUCCGAGUGACCUACAAUAAACCUAUGUAUUUUUUAAGCCUUCCCCCUCCCUAAACAGUGUUUAUUAUUUGGACUUAUAAUGUUUACAAAAAUGCAAUUUUUACCACCUCUGCAAUUGUAUAUCUGGAUGUUCAUUCUUUAGUACAAGUCUCUCUGACCAUUACUCAUAUAUGCCUUUAUUUGCCAGGCUGUACACUAGAUUUUUUCCUUUAUGAUAUAAGCAUGUGGACUUAACUAGCAAUUCAAAACAAGUCUCUUCUUUAGCACUUUUCACAUCUAUUCUAGUAGUCAAAUUUGAAAUUAAAUUUUCACUGAGAUUAUCCCACCUGAUCUUCAUGUGUCCCCAUUUGGGUGGAACAACAUGGGGGGGGGGGGGCAGUCGUGGACAGUAGUUAAAAAGCCUUUAAUGCAUUUAAAAGAAUGCAUUUUCAACAAAUUUUCAAGAAUUAAUUCAAUAAUGCAAUUUUCAACUUCAAAUAGAUUACCACUUUAUUAGGAAAUAUAGACCAUUUAUUGAGACCAUAUUUAUUGGAUGAUGCUCAAUUUACUUAUAUAUCAUUCUUUCCAGUUCUCAAAACUAUUCUUUUUUUGUCAGUUCUUUUCUCCCAGCUUAUAAAAAGUAACUAAGAGUUUCCUGUUAGUCAUCCUGCAAAGAACGGAGGACAAUGAAACAAGUGAGCAUGAGUGCUGCUUUAAAUAUUCUCGGUGUCACGGAAUACAUUGGUUCACUUCUCUAGGCCUCCACCUGAUGAUCUAGGUCCUUUCUCCAAAAUUCUCAUCUGUUAAUGGAUAGCAAAGGGGAGGAUUCAGUUUCCCUCCCUCCCACCCUACUCCCCAGUUAGGAAAAAAACAAAACAAUUAUAAGCUUUUCUUUUACCACUGCUCACCACUUAACUAUACCCCAAAUUUGGCUCACUUUCUCAACCAAAUCAUUCAUUGUUUUGUUAUAGGCGACAGCUUGAUUGUCCGACAUAGGUACAGCCAAAAUGAGUCACACGUUUAAAAUUUAAUAGUAACAGUAGUCACAGGUGAGAAGCUGUCCAGCUUAAAUAUAUUUAGUUUGCGCUGGAGAAAAGUCCCCAUUACAAGAAUUAAGUCAACUUGAUUAUCAGAGUUUGCAUUCACUUGGCCACAAGUACUACUACGGAAUUGCAACUGGUUGUAAUUUUACUACCAAGCAUAUGCAUUGUGAAAAUCAGUAUCAGGCUUAGCCAAGUCUUCCUACUAAUCAAUGAUGUUUGGUUGAAUGAGAAUGUCUAUAGUGGCUAUAAAAAAACCAGGAGGAAUAAUUUAAAAAUAGCCCACCUCAAAAAUCUUACAAUGUAUUUACAUGAUUUCAUUGGUUUUGAUAUAGUACCAAAUAAACAGAUUCAAAUCCA